UCCGUAUCCGCAAAGAUAUGCGGAUCCAUUUUUUUUCCAGUGCGGAUCCGGUGAAACAAAAUCAAAUGGAUCCUAAGCUUGCACUAUUUUUUACAAUCCCACUUUACCGUUAGUCCCGAUGUAUGGGAGAAUAUAUGUACCCCUAAACACUUCUUUAAUACAAAUAUUAGCUAUUGGUAUGAUAUUCAUUUGUUUCGAUUAGUUGCUCAAUGCUCAAGGCUCAUACAAUUAAUCAGUUGAUUGAUAGAUUGAUCGAUUAUUUUCAGCUAAAAUGGCCGCUUCAGCAUCUGUUCCGUUGAUGGAGGACAUAGAGGGAGGUAGUGAUUUAGAGGAGGGUGGAGGAUUAAAGAAUGAUUUUGCAUUCAACAACAAUGUUGCUGGAGCCAGUAAACUCAUCCGUCUAGGGUUUAUGAGGAAGGUAUAUGGAUUACUAUCUAUCCAACUAUCUAUCACUACUCUGAUCGGCGCAGCUCUAAUCUUGACCCCUGGAGUCAAAGAGAUGGUUCAGGCCAACUCAUGGAUGCUUUUUCCCGCGUUCUUUCUUUCAUUUGGUCUUCUCAUUGCUCUUCAAGUCAAGAGGAAGGUUCAUCCAACAAACCUUAUCCUGUUAGCUGCCUUCACUGUGGUUGAAGCUUACACUGUUGGUGUUCUGGUCACAUUCUUUGAUAAGCUGGUGGUUGUCCAGGCCUUCUUCCUGACAGCUGCUGUUGUAGUUGGGCUGACCAUAUUCACCUUCCAGACUAAGCGUGACUUCUCGAAUAUGGGAGCAGCACUCUUCACUGGUCUCAUUGUUCUCAUCAUGGGAGGAUUCCUACAGGUUCUUGUUGGAGGAGAAAUUACUGAAACUGCUCUAGCUGUUGGAGGAGCUCUUCUCUUCUCCCUCUUCAUCAUAUAUGAUACACAGAUGAUCAUGACCCGUGUGUGCCCGGAGGAGUACAUCAUGGCAACCAUCCAGCUCUACCUCGACAUUAUCAACCUCUUCAUCGAGAUUCUCAAAAUCCUUGAGAAAGUCAACCGGAAGUAAAUAACCGGAACUAUUUAAAACCGGACGUAAAUAACAAGAACUAUUUAAAACCGGAAGUAAAUAACCGGAAAGAUUUAAAA